AUGGCAACCCACGCACCCUAUUGCAGCAUCGAAGACUAUGGCAUCAUCGGCGACAUGCACACCUGUGCCCUGGUCAGCAAGAACGGCAGCUUAGACUUCAUGUGCUGGCCCGUCUUUGACUCGCCCUCGGUCUUCUGCCGUCUACUGGAUAAUUCUCAGGGAGGCUAUUUUUCCAUUUCUCCCGUGCCGGAGAUACAGCCGAUCAGCAAGCAGCGCUACCGACCGUACACCAACGUCCUGGAGACACGAUGGAUCGAUGAGGACGGCGUCGUGAGUAUUCUGGAUUACUUGCCCGUCGGCGGAAAGAGGCCAUCACAGCGCAAUGCUUUCGCAAGCUGGUGCGCCUGUGGCUUGCCUGGCGCGCAGGAUAAGAACGGGGCCGGGUGCCGUUCCGGCGUGAUCCGCAAGAUUGAGUGUCUCCGGGGUCAAAUGGACAUGAAUGUGGAGGUUUUUCCUGCGUUCAACUAUGCGCGAGAUGCGCAUACAGGUCGCUGGGUGGCGCAGGAUGGAGACGCCUCGCAACAGGAAUAUCUAUUCGAGAGUCAGACGCAAAGCCUGCAGUUGCGAGUGCAUACAAAUUCAAGCUCGUCGCACGAGGCGUCCGAUGCAACGCCCGCAGUGCAGUUUGACCUGCAAGAGAAACAAGGUCCGAACGGCCCAGGGCUGUUUGCCAGAGUGAGAAUGAUUGAAGGACAGUCGGUGGCUUUAAUCCUUCACCACCCGGAUACCACCCUCCCACACCACAGUUUCCUCCAUUCCUACCUGGAUAAACUGGAGCGGAGUACUCUCGACUUCUGGGCCAGCUGGAUUGGCCAUUGCAGUUUCCGCGGCCACUACCGUGAACAGGUCGAGCGGAGUCUCUUGGUACUCAAGCUGCUGACGUAUAAACCCACCGGCGCCAUCGUUGCAGCGCCGACCUUCUCCCUCCCGGAGCACAUAGGGGGCUCCCGGAACUGGGACUACCGAUACUCCUGGGUGCGAGACGCCGCCUUCGUCGUGUAUGUGUUUCUCAAGAACGGCUAUCCCGAGGAAGCAGAGGACUACAUCAACUUCAUCUUCGAUCGGGUUUUCCCGCCGGUCACCGACAACCGCGCCGACCAUAACGCGCCAUUGCUCCCGUUGAUGGUCACAAUCCGCGGCGAGCACGACAUGCCCGAGCUCGAGCUGAACCAUCUCGAAGGGUACAAGGGCAGCCAGCCUGUGCGCAUCGGGAACGCCGCCGCCAGCCACACGCAGCUCGACAUCUACGGCGAACUCAUGGACAGCGUGUAUCUGUACAACAAGCACGGGCGGCCGAUCUCCUACGACCAAUGGCUGGCGGUGCGGCGGCUGAUCGCGCACGUCAUCCGCGUGCGGCGCGACGCCGACCGCUCCAUCUGGGAAGUGCGCGGGACGCCGCAGAACUUCGUGUACAGCAAGAUCAUGCUGUGGGUGGCGCUGGACCGGGCGCUGCGGCUGGCGGACAAGCGGUCGAACCUGCCGUGUCCGGACCGCACGGAGUGGAUGCACGCGCGCGACGAGCUGUACGAUGAGAUCAUGAGCCGCGGGUAUAACCCGGUCGGGCGAUAUUUCUGCAUGAGCUACGAGAACCAGGAGACACUGGAUGCGGCGGUGCUGAUUGCGCCGCUGGUGUUUUUUGUGGCGCCGAAUGAUCCGCGGUUUCUGCAUACGCUGCAGAGGAUCAUGUUGCCGCCAGCGAAGGGCGGAUUGUCGGUUGCGAACAUGGUGUCGCGGUACGAUCACCGGAAGGUGGAUGAUGGGGUUGGAGGAGUCGAAGGCGCGUUCGUGAUGGUGACAUUCUGGCUCGUUGAAGCCAUGAUGCGCGCCUCCAAAGCAAUGCCCUACCACACCAAUGACCCGUUCUACGGUCAGCUGCGCAAGAUGGCCGUCACGCACUUCGACAACAUGCUCUCCUUUGCGAACCACCUGGGCAUGUUUUCGGAAGAAGUGUCCAUCUCGGGCGAGCAGAUCGGUAACACGCCGCAGGCUUUUAGCCAUUUGGCCUACGUCAGUGCUGCUAUGAAUCUUGGAGAGCAGGCGAAAUGGUAG